AAUCCGGGCCAGGGCACAGAGAAGCUGGACCUGCAUUUCAACCCCAUUGUCUGCAACUCACUGGAGGGCAACAACUGGGGGCAGGAGCAAUGGGAAGAUCACUUGUGCUUCAGCCCAGGGUCAGAGGUCAAGUUCACCGUGACCUUCGAGAGUGACAGAUUCCAGGAGCUGCCAGACAGGCACCCGUUGGCCUUUCCCGACAGGCUGGGCCGCAGCCACCUGAGCUCCCUGCGUGCUGGGUGGGUUCAUCUCCUCCUCCAAGCUUGGCUGAGUGGGCGGCGCUCACGGGAACGACAGAACCCUCGCCCCGACUUCCCAUCCUGA